UCUGCCCUGGGUCCACAAAGAAUGUGUGUUGGACUUUAAAUACAUGGUGAAACACUUGCUGCACAUUUCUCAGAAGAUUCACAGCCUGGCAGAUAAAGAGAAACUGUCUGGGGUGUGGCAUAAAGAGAAGUUGAGGAGCUAAAAGAACAAGCAAAGCAAAAAAGUUCCUUCCUCCAAUGUCUUCCAUAUGACGGAAGCAAGACAGGAGCAACUCGCAGCUCGCUACAAGAUGAAUUGGGGUGGGGGGGGCUGAGGUUCUAGUUCCCACAGGCAGGGCUGGAUUAACCAUGAGGCUCAUAAGGCUACAGCCUUAGCCCCGCUGCUGGUCAGGCAGGGGAUCACCUGUUCUUACCUGGCCCUGCUGGAGCCUGGUUUGAUCCUGCCAGCCGGAAAGGCAAAGCAGCCCCUGCGGCUACCCCAGCCUAGCAAACAAACACCAGUCCUGGUGGGGCUGGACUGUACAUUUGAAAGGGCCUUACUGGUUGUUUUAAGAUGCUGAUUUUCCAUUAAUUCUUUUUGUUUGCUUAACCCUCAUGCAGUGUGAGAGCUGCUGAUCCCAUUGCCUGGGAUAGUCCUGUGGGACUUGCCAGCCCAGCCCCCCGCUGGGCACCGGGGAAGAGACCUGGAGCCAGGAUCCUUCAGCACCUGGAGCUGGUUUGGUCGGUGCCUGCCGAGGCCUGCUCGGCCCUGGGGAUAAAAGCAGAGCUUUGGAACAGCUCAUUGGAAACCAGCUGAGACCCAGCCCGGCUUGUCGGGGCAUUGGUGAAAACUCACCAGCAAAUGUUAUUGAAGAGGGAAGUUCCCAGAUCAUCCCACAAAGCCAAACCGUGCCCGAGCUGUAAUCGAGGGAGCUGCAUUGAAACUGCCCUUAGGAAGGGCUCGGCCGGCCCUGCCAGACCCACAGUGACCAGGCCGUAGCUACCACUGGCUGAAGAAACGGGGUUCCAGGGAGUAUGUCUCUGCCUUCGGAGCCCACACAUCUUCCACAAGGAAAAGAGGUGGGGAAUGGGUCACCUGCUGAGAGGUCGGAGCCACUCCUGAGUUCCCAGGAAAGUCACCUGAGACCAAACAGAAGAGCCCCGGAUGGAGAGAGCAGCACAAUCCAUCCUACAGUUGCAAACUACAGUGAGCCCUCGCUACUUCGCGGUUCGACCAUCGCGGAUUCACGACUUCGCGGACUUUUUUCAUUACGUUGGCUCUCUGCGUUGAAAUCCCGGGCACUUCCCCUGGCCGUGCUGAGCCUGGUUCUCAACCUCAUUUUAAUCAGCGUCAUCAUCGUCAUGCUCUGCAGCCUCAGCACCCCCGCAGCUGAUCCAGUGGCUGCCUGCCCUGAUGGCUGGGUCGGGUACCUGGGGAAGUGUUACUAUUUCUCAGAGGCUGAAGCAAACUGGACCGACAGCCAGAAGAACUGCUCUGCCCUCGGUGCCUCCUUGCCUGGGAUUGACACGCAGCAGGAAAUGGAUUUUCUGGCGCGUAAUCAAGGAUCCUUUGACCACUGGAUCGGCCUCCACAGGGAACCGGACCAAGCCUGGAAAUGGGCCAACGACACCGAAUUCAACAACUGGUUUCCAAUCGUAGGAGAAGCACAAUGCGCUUUUCUGAGCCGCAACAGCGUCGCCAGUUCCGGCUGCUCAAACGCCAAUCGUAGGAGAAGCACAAUGCGCUUUUCUGAGCCACAACAGCGUCGUCGCCAGUUCCGGCUGCUCAAACUGUCAACCUUGGAUCUGCAGCAAACCGGCCUAGAAACCAGAAAGUGGAGCCAAGAGACUGUGACCUGGAUGAGGUGA